UCCCGAAUGCCAAGCACCAAUCGAUUUACCCAAAGACAACCACUUCGACAGUUUGCAGACCAGUUUCUUCCACAAUAGUCUUUUGGGUGUCCUUGCAGUUCGGCAGAUUGGCGAUGGAAGGAGUAUUACUUGCUCACAGUGUAGGAAAAAAAAUACUCAAAUGCAUUACUGUUUCGACUGUGGACGCUUCAUGUGCCCUGACUGUCUGAAUGCACACGAAGUAUUAAAGGCUUCGUUCGAAGGUCACAAAGUGAUUUCGGUGAAAGAAUUUAAAGCAGAAGAUUACGAGGCGUUGUUAAGACGGCAGCCGUUUUGCUCCCAGCAGUUUCACGAAAAGGAAAUCAUGCGAUUCUUUUGUAUUCCAUGUCAAAGUUGCGUUUGCCAUAUUUGCAUAGCCACGAAUCACCGAAACCAUGAAGUUGUUGUACUCGACAAAGCGGCCCACGAUGAGAGUCAAAAUAUUAUCGCCGGCGCAGAGUCCAUCAAAGACAAGAUAGAGGAACUAAAUGCGAACAUUCGACAACUUGAAGAAACGACCUCCGUGAUGGAAAGUAAUGUUUUGAAAGCUAAGCGUGAAGUCAUGGAAGCUGCGGAACAGAUGAUCACGCAGAUCCGUGCGCGCGAGCGAGAGCUGAUUAGCUCAAUCGAGACUACGCGCGCGAAGAGACUCGAGCAAAUCAGUUCCGCCAAACAAAAUAUAUUUUCUCUACUCAAACAAUUGAACCAAGCGGUGGACUUCGCUGAUAAUAUAGUGAAGAGAAGCUCAAGCACGGAUAUCAUACAAAAUAAAGGUACUUUGACACAGAGAUUCGAGGAGUUGCGUGCUAUCUAUCACGAAGUUCCGAAACAUCGCGACAUUGUACAUGUUAAAUUUACUGCCGCCUCCAUGGCGGGCCUCAAACUGGGAUCUGUGCAGAUGACGGAAAAGGUAGAUGUGAAGAAAUCAACGCUUCAAGGAAUAGAUCAAACCUUACGGGCUGGUGUAGAAGCAGACCUUUUAUUAUGCCCCAAAACAUCUUCUGGAGAGUUAUGUGACUCAGAGUCAAAUCAAAUUGAGUUUCUGGUUGAGCCCGCUGAUGAUGUGUCAAUGACAUCUGUGCAGGAGAACGACGAAGGAACAUUCCAGUUAAAGUUUACACCUAAAGUGCCUGGAGAUUACAGUUUGGAAGUGAAAAUAAACGGCGAGAAACUUUCUGUUUGUCCAGUAUCAGUGCAAGUGAAAGAAUGUGAGCUUGUUGUGGACGGUGAACUGGAUCUGAAUGUUUCCCUUGGUGAUGAAAUACAAGGACCCUUCGGUAUCGCACUCAAUGCGAAAGGAACUAUUGUAGUGUCAGAUUAUUAUGGCCACAGCGUUUAUGUAUUUGACAGUGAAGGAACCUUUUUGCGAAAAAUCGGCCAAUUUAUACAACCUGUCAGUAUUGUUUUUGUUAACGAUGAAGAUAUUCUGGUCUCCGAUUAUGGCGAUCACAGAAUAUAUCAGUAUAAUACGCGAACUGGACUGUACAUAAAAGAAUUUGGAGAGUUUGAUAAUCCAUUUGGACUUUCCAUGGAUGACAAAGAGCAAAUUGUCGUUUCUGACUACAAUAAUAGUAGAAUACAAGUUUUGGCUAAAGAUGGUGAGAAUAUUUUUACGUUUGGAGACACUGGGCCGGAAAGGGUCCUUCAUCCUCUGAGCUGUGUUAGUCAUAAAAACCGAUUCUUCGUGUCUGACUCUGACAAUUACUGCAUCAAAGUGUUCAACAAGGCAGGACAAUUUUUAUAUAAAUUUGGAAGCAAAGGAACGGCAAAGGGACAGUUUGUUAGACCUUCUGGUCUGUAUAUAGACAGGCAGGAUUGUCUUCUUGUAUGUGACCAGGAAAGUGGCCGAGUUCAAAAGUUUUCUCUUGAAGGUCGUUUUAUUGGCAAGUGCACUACUCCUGGGUUAGAGAACGUGAAUGGCGUCUCAGAAAUGCCAGAUGGACGCAUUCUCGUUACAAGCACAAAUUAUAAAAAAGUGUAUAUCAUGAUAACCAAGUAG